AUGUCCUUAAGUUCACCGUCGUCAUCGUCGGAUUCAGAAUACACGCAUUGCACUCGUAUACCAAUGACACUAUCAGAAAAAAAAAGGGGCCGCACAAAUUUCAUUACUCCAAAGCUUGUUGCUGCAUUAGAUCGAUGUAAAUUAAGUGUACGGGACUCAGUUUAUAUUAUUCAAGCAACAGCUGAAGCAUUGGGUAACAAUGUUGAUAGUUUGGUUAUAAAUAAAUCGUCUAUACAUCGAUGUCGUGAUGCUUUACGAGUUGAACGCGCCAAUAAAAUUAAAACCAAUUUUGAAAGUUCUGUUCCUAGUUAUAUAACUGUACACUGGGAUGGAAAAAUACUACCAACGUUAAAUGUUAGAGACUCAGAUAACAAAUUUAAAAUACGUCCACCUGGAGCAAUGCAUCAAGCUCGCUGGAUGAGUAGAGCUAUUUAUUGUUUAAAAAUAUAUAUUUUCCGAAAUCAAUACUCUUUAUCAUCUUCUGAAAAAAACGCUAUUCGUGAUAUUUGUGUUUUUAUUGUUCGAUUUUAUUUAAAAUCUUGGUUCAGCAGUACCGCAGCAGCUAGAGCACCGGCAAAUGAUUUAAAUUUUAUAAAAUGUUUAAAACAAUACGAAAAUGAACACUCCAAAAUUUCAAAAGCCGCUAUAACAAAAAUUAGUAAUCAUUUAUGGUACUUAACAGAAGAGGCAGCAGCAUUAGCUUUCUUUGAUGACACAUUAUCAAACGAAAUCAAAAGAUUGAUGCGUCUUAUUGUUUCAUUUCAAGAUCUUGGAGAAACCUUUUCAGAAAAAACACUGGCGUCUUUUAUAUCAAAGAAUAGUAUGCAAUUUUUUUCUCGAUUUAAUAUUAAUACGGACUUUUUGAAUGAUGAUCCGAGCACAUGGGACAAUCAAAUUAGUUAUUUACGCGGGAAAGAAAUUGCAUGCUCGCUAAAUGUAGUAAAUGAUACAGCGGAAAGAGCAGUUAAACUUAUGGAAGAUUUUCACGGAACUUUAACCAAAGAUGAUAAGAAGUCUGAGUUGCUAUUACAAUGUAUACAAGAACACAGAAGACUAUAUCCUGAUUGUAAAAAGGAAACAUUGAAAAAACAAUUUUAA